GGUUUUUUUCCGUCUCUGUCUUGACUCUCACACAAAGUUCCAGCAAACUCAAGCAAAACCUGUUUUUCAGAAUGGAUGAGGAUGUUGUCAGUCACACAGGGGACUGGACGAAAACCAGAGAGGCUGUCGCAAACUUUCGGCGGCUGCUGCUUUGCUCCAAAUGCUCGACAUUAAUGAAGGAGCCUGUGUGUCUGGGGACAUGUGAGCAUAUGCUGUGCAGGUCCUGCGCUGGCCCUCGGGCAGGAGACGGCUGUGCGGUGUGUCAGAGCCCCGCGUGGGUGAAGGACAUCCAAAUCAACAGGCAGCUCAGCAAUAUCACACAACUCUUCUGCAGUUUGGAGUCCCUGCUGAGUCCCGCAGAAAACUCAGACUCUUCUCUUGCAGAGAGGCAAACAGAGCCAGAGAGCCCUCUCUUAAAACACAAGAAGAACUUCAAGAUCUGGUUCAGUCCCCGCAGCCGCAAGGUACGCUGCAUGGUGGAUAAACCUUCAGAGGUCACCGCACCGGGUAGCAAGACUUGUGGAGAAACGGUCUCAGCACAGCCAGACCCUAAUACAGCUCAAAGCAAAGACCUGUCAAUCUUCAACUUCCAAUUCUCCUCCCAAGACUCAGACUCUACCUGCCUCCAAAGACGCAAAGCUGACAACAAAAACAAAAAGAAGACUUCCAAAAAUGCUGCCAACAGAAAGCCGGCAGUGCAUGGAGGUAGGCCAGCAACACGCAGACAGACCAAGCAGAAGGUUAAGGAGAAGAAGCUUGAGGCCAUAAACCAGCAGUGGGGCAUCAGCAAGGAGGACAAGGUCCAUCAGGAUGAGGAGCCGGCCUGUGCUGAGGGGACACGGAGGUCCAGUAAAAGGGUGUCCUUCCUGAGCCCUGCUGACACGACGGAGGAGCCGCAGUCUGAAAGGCCAGAGGGAAGCGACGGUGUUGCCAGCCCUACCAGGAGCAUCCUUAAGCGGAGCUCGUCUGGAGGCGGCAUCACUGGCCCGGAGGAUGCAGCCCAACCUGACCAGAACAUGUCAGCCAGUCCCUUGCAGAGGAAUUCUCUGUCUGCAGAUGAUCCCAAAGCAAGUGAGGAUACUGAAAAACAAGAUGAGUUAUCUCUUUGUAAGCAAUCCCCGAAAAGACUCAGAAUGGAGAAGAAAUCUACUUCAGAAACUACCCCAAAAAGACCUAGAGCUUCCCUGGUCCGCAGGGCACAGUCACUGGGACAGAUGGAUCCUACCCUUGGUGAACCUCCCUAUUCGGUCACCCCAAAGCGUGGCAAGAGCACCAGAAGCCCCAGAGCGGCACAAAGAGGCAGUCCCUCCUGCUCGCCCUCCGUGGGGAGGAAAUCCCCUCGCUCCCCCGGUGCAUCUGUUGGCCGGCCUGCCUCGGGGAGCCCCACCUUUAUGAAGAGGAACCACAGGGGAGAGACGCCUCUGCACCUAGCUGCUAUAAAGGGAGAUGUGGAGGCUGCCAAGGCGCUGCUGGACGAAGGGGCUGACCCCAACCUGAAGGAUAACGCCGGGUGGACACCUCUGCAUGAGGCGUGCAACCUCGGUCAUCUGGCGGUCGUGGAGGUGUUGGUGUUGAGAGGAGCGCUCCUGAACACGCCGGGCUACGAGAACGACUCUCCGCUCCACGAUGCAGUGAUGAACGGACACGUGGCCGUCGCCAAACUGCUGCUGCAGCACGGAGCCUCGCAGCAUGUACUGAAUCAGUUCGGGAAGCGGCCUGCGGACUACGCAGUGAGCCCGGAGAUGCAGGAAAUCUUUCAGGAAGCCUCAGAAGGACCCCAUCCUGCGAGUGCACCUGUUAGCCCUUCAGCCAGCCUCUCCAUGGUGAGCGACGGUGUGAGGAGUGAUGAGCAGGUGGUGUUUCUGGCCAGCAAACUAUCUGAGUCCCAGCAGCAGCAACUGGCCAAACUGGGAAGGCUGCUUGGAGCGAAGAUGUCUGAGGGCUUCUCUGGCUCAGUGAGCCAUCUGGUGGUGCCAGACGGACCCAUGCCCACCACCCUCUCCGCCCUCCUGAGCGUCCUCGCUGGCUGCUGGGUCCUCAGAUACAGCUGGGUGGAGGCAUGCCUGCAGGCACGCAAGUGGAUACCCGAGACUGAGCACGAGGCAGGAGAAGGCCCCCGGCGCAGUCGCAUCAACAAAUGUAGCCUGCUCCCCCCGCUGUUGGACGGCUGCUUCUUCUUCCUCAUGGGCUCCUUCAAGUCUCCCCCCAAAGAGGGGCUCGUCGAGCUGCUGCGGGAGGGAGGAGGCCAGAUCCUGAGCCGGCAGCCGAAGCCCGACAGCGACGUGACGCAAACCCUGAGCGCCGCCGCCUACCACGCCCCGCCCGGCUCCGACCAGGCCCUGUGCACCCAGUACAUCCUCUACGACCCCCAGGGCCCGCAUAAGCCAGCGGUGGUCCGGCGUGGGAAGGUGUGGUCCGCCCCUUCGACCUGGCUCAUCGAUUGCAUUGCAGCCUUCCGCCUCCUCCCUGUGCCGGAAUAUCAGCCUUAGUUUACCAAAAAAAAAAAAAAAAAAAAAAAGAACCCCACAGAUAAAUUCGGUUUA